UUUCAGCCUCAGGCCAGAUCCCGCUUGCUGUCACACUGUUCUGGUUCAGUCACACUGAUAUUGUUCAAUCACGCGGCGUCGCCAGCGUCAACAUUCACCGAGUUUGUCUUCAGAAAGCGGAAUUGAUUAUUACAGACGUGUGUUUUUAGGAAGAAGCACAACAGCAGGAUGGUGAAUGAGGGUGCUGGCGGCCCACGCAGUCGCAGGGGGUCUCAUAAGGUGGUUCCGUCCUCAGACCAGGAUGGCACAGGAGUUGAAAGAGCCACAGGAGAGGUGCCCUGCCCCAGUAAAGACUUCUACCUUCUCGCUGUCACCUGCCCUUUUGACGAUGAGACCCUGAAGUCACUGUUCUGGAUCGGGGCAAAUUACCAUCGCCCCAUUGACCUCCCGGACUCCAUGGCACUGAGCUGGAUCAUUCAGUGUCUGGAGAGCAUCCGCCCCCUAUCCAAAACACAGCACGAACCAGAGCCCAGCCAGCCAUUACCACCCAGCUGCACGGAGGGUCUGCCUGAGCCCACCGCAGAUGGAGAGCCCGAGGCAGCGCGAGGAGAAGCGACUGCGCCUGCCAUCGCCCCGGAGCCAGAGGCUGUCGAUGCGGCUGACCAGGUGUGUGAGCCAGCAACACCGCACGUGCCAGAGGGGAUAUUAGUAGAAUAUGAAGGGAUGGAUCGAAGCCCCGCCCACGCUCCCACCACUGAGGGUGAGCCACCACUGGCCUCUGGAAAUGUUGUGGAUUAUUUCCUGGAUUGUCCUGAAUCCCUCCCUCUCCCACCUCCUCUCCAUAUAUCUGCCAGUUCUUUUGCCCUGUCUUCGCUGGUUCCUGUAAACCUCUCAGCUCACCCUCAGUCAGCGCCAUCCUGGAGCCUCUUCUCGCUGUGGGUCUUUCAGUCUCCAGCUCCACCUUGGCGUGAGGAUCCCCUGUCUCCGCCUCUGGUCUCCAAGGCCUGGAUUCCACCUCGGCCCUUCGACCCGUCGGCUCUGCCUUGGCUCCUAGCUCCCUCAUCGCCACCAUGGCCCGUCAUCCCACUGGCUCCCUCGUCCCUCCAGCUCGUCCGUUGUCAAUCGUCAUCUCCAGAGGAUUUCCCUCCUCCGGCUGCACUUAGGCAUUUAAAGACAGACCUGAUGAGGCAGUUCGACACCCAAGUCAAUGAAUUCAUGGACAGUCUGAUAGAGGAAUCUGCUAGUCUGGUUUCCUCCCAUGUCAGCACAGUCUUUCCUCUCUCAGAUAAGGAGAAAAGCAAACUCAGGCAUACGCGACCUCCCCAAGGCCAAAGCAAGCAGUUUGUGAUCCGUCGAUCCCUAUUAGAUGAUCUCUUCGAGGUGAACCACAUUCGCACCAUCUAUCACAUGUUCAUCGCCCUCCUCAUUCUCUUCAUCUUCAGUACACUCGUCGUGGACUUCAUAGAUGAGGGCAGGUUAGAGCAUUCACAAUUCAUCAACACUUUUGGAAUCCGUUUUGCUUUAGUUUUUAAAAAAAAAGCAACCUUCUUUUUUUUUUCUGUGUCGUUUCAGGUGCUUGGGUGUUUGUUUUAUGCAUAUUACAUAUUCGUGCGGCUGUGCAUCCCUCAGUUCCGCAGUAUCAGUAUGCAGCUCUUUGAUCUGAGGGCCAUGGUGUUGUGUGUCUUCAACUCUAUACUGCCAGGAGUGCUGGUGCUAUUCUUGGCGUUCUUUGCCUUUCUGCAUUGCUGGCUUAAUGCAUUUGCUGAAAUGCUACGAUUUGGAGACAGAAUGUUUUAUAAGGACUGGUGGAACUCCACUUCAUUUGCUAACUAUUACCGCACAUGGAAUGUUGUAGUACAUGAUUGGCUUUAUUACUAUGUCUACAGGGACUUCCUGUGGAUGACACAGAAGCGAUUCCGUGCAGCGGCCAUGUUGGUUGUUUUUACGGUGUCUGCUGUGGUGCACGAGUAUGUUCUGGCCAUCUGCUUUGGCUUCUUCUACCCUGUCUUGUUCUGCAUCUUCAUGUGCUUUGGAAUGGUGUUUAACUUCAUUCUUAAUGACCGGAGAAAAGGGCCGAUCUGGAACGUGAUCAUGUGGACUGCGCUGUUCUUGGGUCAGGGGGUUCUCAUCUGCCUGUACUCUCAGGAGUGGUACGCACAGCGCUUCUGCCCCAUUCAAGAGCCUUCUUUCAUAGACUUGCUAAAGCCUCGAUCCUGGACUUGUUCUCCAUAGACUAACACUGCUGUAGAUGCUCACUAAAGCCACACCACCAGCCACAAGAUGAAUGGGAUUUAUACUCUACUUGUUCUGGAACUUUUUUAGCAUUCUGUAGGUAUUGCACUCUGACCAAACAAAAUGAAAAGUGACAAUCUUACUCUAUAAUCAUGAAGACACCGUUUUAUAAAGAGGCCUUAGAUAUUUGAUUUGUUUAGAUCUUAAUAUUUAUGAAAACAUCUGUAAUAGAAUGUCUAUAAUGUGCAUUUUGAAUAUUUUGGUAUUUCCUUUUAAAUGUCUAUGUGACGGUCUAGUUAGCAUUAUGUCUGAUCUGGAGAUUCUAUUUUUUAGAAGCCUCUGUGAUGUCCUAAAUUUGAGAUCAGAUUAUACAGUAAAUGUGUUUUGUUUACUGCCACUUCUUAGAUAUCCUUAGAUAUUGUGUUUUGAUAUUGUAGUGUUAUUCCAGUACUGCAGAGGCCAUGGAUAUGGGGUACAUUUUAACCAGUUUUUGCCUGGACUGCACAAAAUCAUAGAAUGUUUACAAGCGGGGUUGAGAAUUCUAAAACCCUAAUGGAUUUAAAUUAUGUGCCAUACUGCUGUGAAUUUUUUUUUCUUUUCUUUUUUUACUUUUUACUCCUAGACUUUUAAUUAAAAUGAAGAUGAUUUGGGCGGAAAUUCUCCAUUCUGCCAGUUUUAUUUACUAUAGUUACUGUUUGAAGAGUUAGACUUGUAGUCUGAACCUAAGAGGUCUGGAAAUUUGUACUUAAUUUUUUUUCCCCUUUCCAUAGAGCUAAACUAAUUAGAUACUAAUUUAAAAGCCAUGCUUUAGGACAUAUUUAUUACAAAAUAGGGUAUCAAAUGUUUUGAGGUUUUGCAGCUGACUGCACUCAUGUGAUCAUUACUAAUGGUUUUCAAGCACAAUCCCUUUAUUAGUUACACUGCCAGAGUAUGCAGGGUAUUUAUUGUAAAAAAAAAAACAUCAUAAAGUCUAGGCCUUUUUGAAUGUCAUUUAUCAGUGCACAAAAGAGUUGAGUGAAUACUCUCUCCAGUUCCACAAAAUUUAUGAGACUGUCUGUAUAAUAUUUUAAAAACAUACUUGCAAUAGCUGUGGCGACCGGCAGGUGGUGAUGGAGAGUUGAAUGUUAGAACUACUGUAUAUUUGCACACAGCAUUUUAUUUCUUUAUGGCACCUGCCAUGUAAAUGCUCAGUUGUAAUUUCCAGAAUAGUCAAUGACUGUAUUUUUCAUCACAAAAAAAGUGAAAAAUAUUUUAAAAUCUAAACGGAUGUCACAUUUUAAACAAAUUUUCAUAAUUUAUCUUGUGAAAUGUUCAGUGUGUAGCCUGUUCCACCAUGCUUUGCAAUGGACAAUUAAACAGUU